AUGGCGGACAAUAAGAUUGAUGAGUCUAUUGACAAGGCUAGUAAUGGGGCGAAGGAUUUGAUUGAUAAGGCUUCGGAGGAGUCGAAGAAGCUUGCCAAGGGGGCUAAGAAGGGGUUAGAGAAGGGGGAGAAUGAGUUGACCAAGUGGUGGGGGCAGUUGAAGGAUUGGGUGGAGGGGGCGACGUCUUCUGUGGUUAAUUUGACCACGGAUGCGGCUUCGAAGACGGUGGAGGCGACCAAGGCGACGGUGUCGCGUGUUAUGGUGGAGUUACAUAACCCUGUUGUUGCGGUGAAUGCUCUUUUGGGCACUGGGGCGUUGUUGGCGUGGUUGCAUGGGUAUGCGGAGCACCAGAGACGGUAUUUGAAGGGCAAGUCUGACAAGGCGAUUUUGGCUACUGUUGGUGGGAUUACGGCUCUUGUGGUUGCGGAUGGGUUUGUGAGUUACAAGUAUUACAAGCAGUUUGAUAAGAAAUGA